AUGAUAUCAGUGGUGAGAGCUUCGGAUAGGAGUUCGAAUGAAACAGGUGUAUCUCGAACAAAUGCAGAACAUAUUGCUGUAAUUCGAGAAUUUUUAACAAAAUUUUAUCUACAUGAGAUAACUUUUGUGGUUCAUCUAAAUAGUGUUUAUUCUAUGUAUGAUGUUGAACGUGUUGAACGAAUUACGUCACAAUUACGAUUAACAUUUGGAACUGAACAUGAUGUUAACCAUGUACGUGGUCUUAUUGACUUCUUUUCGGAUCAGACUCGACAACCACAAGCGUGGCAUCAUAUUAAUAUUGAACGGCAUUUAUUGACUGAUGCUGCUGCUCAUCAUAUGGAACCAUUUAUAGCAAUAUGUCAAGUAUGUAAUCAACAUUUAAAUAUGAAAAAUUGUAAUAAGACGAUGGUUUACAUUUGUUAUCAACGUGGAAAAGUGCUACCAGAACAAGGAGACACUAAAACGAUUAAUGCAAAAAGUUUAUACAAUGGUGAAUUUGUUUAUCUUGGUGGUAAAUAUGCUUAUGAACGUGCUUUAAUCGAGCAAUAUACGGCCGAUUUAGUUACUAAUGCUAAUUCAUGGAUGAAAACUGUCGACAGUUUAAACCGACAAGCAUUUAAUGGUGAGCAGCAUCAAGUACAUAUUAUAGACAGACGAACAUUAGCACUAUCGGGAGUAAUACCUAAAACAGGUGUUUAUGAUGAUGGAUGUCAUUUGAUUGAAUAUCUACAUAACCAUAUUGGUAAAGAUCUGAUUGCAACAAAUGCUGCAAAGGAGCUCGCUCAAGUGAAAUUUAGUGUAGAUAGAACACAUUUUCGCAAUCACGUGGGAUCUUGGUGUCGAGCUAAUAUGAAUCCAGAUAAAAAUCCAUGUAAAUUGUUUUCACUUUCUUGA